CACUGUGUGUAUGAUAACACACCAAAUUACUUCAAUUCAUUAAAGGAUCUUUAAGAAUUAAAAUUUUUUAAUGCAUUGCAAAUGUAUCAAAAGAUAAUUUUCGUCCCAUGGGAAAAUAUUAUUACAGAAGUUGAAAGUGUUGUACAUGAGUGAUGAUUCUCUUGAUAGAGAAUAGUCUCACUUCCAAGUCUUUUUUAAGUCAAUAUACAUAUAUAUUAUGUGUCAAAAAUUAUUUUAACAAAAGUUGUAAGUGUUGAAUAUGAUUGAUGAUUUUUUGAGAGAGUACUCUCCACGAGUCUUCUAAGUCAAUACACACAUAUCAUUUAUUUUUCCUGAAACGUGUAGUAUGGGCCAUUUACCAAGUCAAUGAUGAAUGGAUGGUUGGGGGCAUUGAGUGAAUGGAGUUUUUAUUUAGUUUUAUCCUUCCAUCCACUCAUCACUCUUUCUCAUUUUUCCACCACUUCACUUACAUGCAUCUCAAAGAUUUCUUCCCUUCUUCCCUUGUCAUCUCCCUCUUCAUCUCCAUCCUCUCCCAUGCCUUCCCGAAAUAUGUCUGCGGAAUCGAUUUUCGCUAUGCAACCUGCAAUUCUUCAGUAGAAUGUGGUAGACUGGGAAAAAUUCACUACCCUUUCUGGGUAAACGGCUCCCAACCUUGGUAUUGUGGUCAUCCCUGGUUCGGUCUGUUCUGUCACAAAGACGAGGCCACCAUGUUGAUCUGGCCUGAACUUUUUCAUGUCAUCGACAUGGAUAAUAGGACUCAAACCCUGAAGAUUGCCAGAAUCUAUGAGCCCUCAACGGGGAAUUUUUUUUGUCCGAUCUUCAACGCAAGCAUAAAGUCAACUUCCUUCAGCUAUUCUUCCGAUGUUGAAUUUAUCACUUUCUUGCACAAUUGUCCUCCGAUCGAAGUUUUAUCAUCUUAUGAGUAUCCUUGUGUGGUAGUAAACAAGAAGCAAAUCCACAGUUACUUUGUGGCAAAUACAUCUUUGGCAAAUAGAUUCAGAAGCAGAUGUGGGUAUAGUGCUCUUCUUCCUGUUCUCGGAAGUGCUGUAGAAGGCCUUAUGAAUGGUUCAUUAGAUGUGGAAAAGGCUUUGAGCAAAGGGUUUGAGGUCAAAUGGACAGCAAACGAGUCACAGUGCGAAGGGUGCAUGGAGUCUGGCGGUAGGUGUGGGUAUGACAGGAAUUUGAACACGCCUUCUUGUUUUUGUCGUGACCGGCCUUAUCCAGAAAGCUGUUCACGUUCAUCAAAGUCUGCAAACAUUCCAAAGACAAUCAUGAUGGCCGUUGUUGCAGCAGGAGUUGGGACAUUAUUCGCCAGCAUUCUUAUAAUCUUUUGCUUCAAAAGAAAAAUAUCAAAACAUAGACUAAUGUUCAUUUGGAGAAAGAGAUCUGAUGCUGAUCAAAACAUUGAAGAAUUUGUUAGGAAUUAUGGAUCUCAAGCUCCUAAGAGGUAUAGUUAUUCAAAUGUUAAGAAAAUGACUAAUGCAUUCAAGGAUAAAUUAGGCCAAGGAGGCUAUGGAGGUGUUUACAAAGGAAAGUUAGGUGAUGGUCAUCUUGUCGCAGUCAAAGUCCUCAACACGUCCAAAGGAAAUGGAGAUGAAUUCAUUAAUGAAGUUGCAAGCAUUAGUCGGACUUCUCAUGUCAAUAUUGUCAGACUUUUGGGCUUUUGUUUUGAGGGUGGCAAAAAAGCUCUUAUAUAUGAAUUUAUGAGCAAUGGGUCUCUUGAAAACUUCUUAGGCAGUGAAAAUCCUUUGAAAGUCAGUAAACACUUGGGAUGGGAGAAGUUGUAUCAAAUUGCAGUUGGGAUAGCAAGAGGACUUGAAUACUUGCAUUGUGGCUGCAGAACAAAGAUAUUGCAUUUUGAUGUGAAACCACACAACAUCCUUCUAGACCAAGACUUUUCCCCCAAAAUCUCUGAUUUUGGGCUUGCUAAAUUAUGCCCACCAAAAGAGAGUAUUAUAUCAAUGUCAGCAGCUAGAGGAACUAUUGGGUAUGUUGCUCCAGAAGUGUUCUGUAGAAAUUUUGGCCAAGUCUCACACAAAUCCGACGUCUAUAGCUAUGGAAUGAUGGUUCUAGAAAUGGUUGGAGGAAGACAAAACGUCAAUGGCACAGUGGGUCACACCAGCGAGACAUAUUUUCCGCAUUGGAUUUAUAAGCAUCUUGAGCAGCAAGAAGAUCUGGGACUAGAAGGCAUUGAGAACAAAGAGGAAAAUGAAAUUACAAGGAAGAUGAUAGUUGUGGGUUUAUGGUGCAUACAAACAAAUCCAUCACACAGGCCAUGCAUGAGUAAGGUGAUUGAAAUGUUGGAAGGAAGCAUAGAAGCCUUACAGAUCCCACCAAAGCCUUUCUUAUCUUCUCCUCCAAGGUUUCCGAUAGAUUCUUCAUCCUUCAAAUCAACACUAUCACAAUAAUAUGUUCCUACAUUUAUAUGUACUCAUUGUUUUAUCCAUCAGACAAAUUAGUACGUAAAAUUAUUCUACGUGAAGACUUCUAGAUGAUAAUCAAAUUUCAACAUUAUG